UCUUAUGCACAACAUUUUGCAUGGUCUACGUCCAGCAAUUCCUUCACACGUUCCAAAGUUAAUAGCUAAGCUUAUUAUGAAAUGUUGGGAUGCAAGACCAAAUAAUAGACCGACUUCUGAAAAAAUAUAUGACAUCUUAAGAAUAUUGAAUAAUGAUGUUUCAAAAGACAAUUCAACCGAAAUCGUCAUUCAAAUUAAAGAGUGUGAAGAAAAAUCUGAUGACUUUACAAAAUUUGUCGAAUAUUACUACAAAACGCAUCCUGAAGCAAAAUAUACUAGUCAAUUCAUAGAACAUACUAAUUAUCAAUUACCAUUAAAUGCAUUGAAUUAUGAUGAAAGACAUGGAAUAUUAGGUAAUUUUACAUUAUUUUCAAGCGUUCCAACAUUAAUCAAUGUUUCUAAUGGUUUUUCAUGCAUGAUAUAUUUCAUAUUGAAAGGUAAUAAUAUACAAUAUGUACAGGAAAAAGAUGAUGCUGCUCGAUGUCGUCGUGCCAAAUCAAGAACUGAA